GGGGACACUUUGACACGGCUGUAGCGGCUCGUUGACUUGUUUCGGUGAAAGUUUGACGGUUGAGCCGAGGCGCCGGGGCUCCUCCGCCGACUGCGACAUCGCCCCGUCCGUCUAUUUCUGCUUUUCCAUUUCGACCUUUUCGACUCUGAGUGUUGUGUGUUUUCGUGGCUGAAUUCAUGCCUCCCCUCGGCUCCGUUGUGUCAGGCAGAAACGGGCCUUUUCAGCUCAACUAUUUCACCCAAUCGCUUCCUUUGUCGCAGCCGACAAAAGCUAAAAAUAACGCCCGGCUGCAAACAUGAUCUGAGGUCAGAAUUCAGUGUUAUGAAAGAGGAAAAUGUGAGCAGGGCUCGGUAUGUCGGAUGAAGAUUCCCGUGCCAGCACCAGCUCUUCUUCCUCUUCAUCCUCGACUCACCAUCAGCAGCAGCAGCAGCAGCAGGAGGCCAGCACCCCCAAGAAACGAGAGAGCAAAGCCAGCAUGAGCAAGACCUCCAAACUCCUGUCGACUAGUGCAAAAAGAAUUCAGAAGGAAUUGGCUGACAUCACAUUGGACCCACCACCGAACUGCAGCGCCGGUCCUAAAGGAGACAACAUCUAUGAGUGGAGGUCGACCAUCCUGGGCCCCCCAGGCUCUGUGUACGAGGGGGGGGUCUUCUUCCUGGACAUUGCCUUCACGCCCGACUACCCCUUCAAACCACCCAAGGUGACGUUCCGGACGAGGAUCUACCACUGUAACAUCAACAGUCAGGGUGUGAUCUGUCUGGACAUCCUGAAGGACAACUGGAGUCCAGCCCUCACCAUCUCCAAGGUCCUGCUGUCCAUCUGCUCCCUGCUCACUGACUGUAACCCUGCUGACCCGCUGGUUGGAAGCAUCGCCACACAGUACACAACAAACAGACCCGAACACGACAGGAUAGCCAAACAGUGGACCAAACGCUACGCCACAUAAUCGUCCGGCGCUGUUGGGUGGACGACUCGGGGAUGCAGGGGGUGGUCCUGGGACCUGGGGUGGAGUCCCAGCGGAGGAGGCGGGGUAGGUUUAGGGGGCGGGUGGAUUUUUAUUAUCACGAUUGAAGUCUUAACUCCCGACAUUUUGUUGUGUUUUUUUUUUUUUUUUUUUUUUUUUUAAGUUAUCUCUGGCCCAACUGUAAUCAGGUCUGGCAACGAUGCAUUUUGUGUUUUGGUUUUUACUUUUAGCUUGUGCUUGAAGAUGGACGUUCAUAACUAAACCGCUAGAUGAAACGUGUCAGCAUGAAUCCCAGUCCAUUCUGUCAGUGUAAAUUCUCACAUGUAUUAAAAGUUCCAGUUGGUGUUCGCUUCCCUCUCCAGACUCCUGGUCUUUGAAAAGGUGUUUUACACAUGUAGACAUGUUUAGAUAUGGAUGGAUAUUGGUUGUGAUUUCUGUUCUGUACUGAUGAAAAGCUGUUUUGUUUCUCCCAUUAAGAAUUAAACAUGACCAACUGAA